AUGGCACGAGUAACUGGAGUCAUGAUGUUCAUUGUAUUCGUCGUCAAACGAACAGAAUCAAACGCAGAGGCGGAAACACAGCAGACAAAACCGGAUCCAUACUUUGAAGAGUGGAAAGACAAUGCGUGGCAAAGACCAAGUCGAUGUCAUGUUUGUCGACUUCUUGUCAGAGAGCUGUACGAGUCAUUUACUCGGACAAAGAGGAAAGAUAUACUUUACACUGAAUAUCAACUUGAUGAACAACCGUUGAAGAAGAAGAUAGUAUAUGAAAAAUCGGAAAUAAGAUUGCUUGAAACAAUGGAAAAUGUUUGUGAUCAAAUGAAAUCCUAUGUUUCCAGAGCUAGACGGAAAUUCCCUUACGUGAAAGGAGCAAAAAGUCAUUUUCGGGAAGGAUUAGACAAUAUGCUGGCGAACUCUACAGUGAAGUUGAAUAUCGAAGCACCUCCGGACGACUUGGUUGAUGAUAGUACAAAAGAAAUUAUUCGACUGAAGUUCAAGUGCGUACAUAUGCUGGAAGAAUUUGAAGAAGACAUUACAGAAUGGUAUUUUAACUAUAGAGAAGAAAAUCUGUUGGAGUGGUUAUGUAAAUUUCGCGUGUUAGCGGUAGAGGAACAAGGUAGUGAAUAA